AUGGCUUCAAACGAUUUUCCACUGGCAUCCUGGGAGAAUUUUGCCCAUUCUUGGGAUGAAGGAAUGGGGGACGAAGGAAAUGACUAUUUCCGCUUUCUAGAACUUCCCAUUUUGGAGAAGCUGAUUGGUAGAUUAGAAGGAUGCCGUGCUAUAGACCUAGCAACGGGAAAUGGUCUUGUGGCUCGCUGGUUAGCUCAGAAAGCUGCUUCCGUCAUCGCAACCGACGGCGCAGUAUCGAUGAUAGACCGUGCAAAGGCGCGAACGGACACUUCCCAAUAUGGAAAUAGGAUUUCCUUCAACCGCCUCGACGUCACAAAGCAGUCAUCUUGGGAUACUUUCAUGGCGAUCGAUACUUGUCUCAUGGAUGACGGUUUCGAUGUAGUCACAAUGAAUAUGGCUCUCAUGGACAUUCAGGAUCUGGGGCCAUUGGCAAGAUCUCUAAGACUACUGCUCAAACCGAACGGUUGCUUCGUUGCUACUUUGCUUCAUCCGCUAUUUUUCACAUCUGGAGCAGCUCGGCAGAUAGUAAUCCAUGAGGAACCAGAGACUGGCCAGCGAAUUGUCGACCGCUCCAUCGUUAUAAGCAAAUACUUGAAUGUUCCUCCCGCAAGGCAAUUGGUUUUUGGAGGGGAAACCGAGUCGCCGUACCUGUUCCAUCGGCCUUUAAACCAGCUCUUUGCACCGUUCUUUCAGGCAGGUCUCGCCGUGGAUGCACUUGAAGAGACCAAUUUCGACGAAAGCUUUCGUGAUCCCUUACGUGAACAUGCAUCGAAGAACUUUACUGAAUUUCCAAAAAUACUCGGCUUCAGGAUGAGGCGUGUAUCUGAGAUUUAG